GUUGAGUCAAGCCCUGGUCAUAUGACAGAAGGAUUAGCCAAGACAGUGGACCCGAGUGCCUUGAUCGACAAAUACUGACAGGUGCCAGCAUGCGUGCCAACGUGGGGCUCGUCAUACAAUUGGCAGUCGUUCUGCCUCGGUAGAGCGGUCAUUACCAGACGACGAUUAAAAAUCGGAUGAAUAUUAAUAUACAAUUCACGCUGUACUUUCCUACGCUUCCUUUUAAAGGGGGAAACUUGUUUUACUUCGUCGGAGAUGAGCCUGAUUACAACAGAAAGGAAGGCCUACAAAUUUGGAAUAACAUUCUGUACGAUAUUGUUCUGGAACUUGUUUCACAAGAAGAGAAGUCACAAACACUUAUGACAGAACCCAGUAGUUUCUUUCGUCACAAAGGAUACAGAUUCUUUAUUGACACAACAAAAAGUACAGGGACUUGCCCAAUGUUCGAUCCGGUACAACAACAAGACCGGGCGGAGGUUUGAUGAUGCUGUUGAGGGGAUGAUGUUGGCCCCUAUAGGAGGGGAGUUUUGAAGGCAAUGGUGUCAAAAACGUCCGAUACGGUCUGUGAUGAUGACGGUGAUAAUAGCAGGAACUCGAGCAGGUUUCUCCUCCAAGUAGAGAAGGAUGGCGGCGAACGCCAAGAAAAGGAGCAACCAGGAGAAGAGUCGGACACAACUAGCGUCGGUGCGGACACCCUCAUCUGUGGGCCGAGAUUUCCAACUCUCAAAGAUGUGGACGUUUUUAACCUGCGAGCCAGCGCCGGCAUGGGCGCCUUCCUGUACCAACAACAACCAACAACAGUACUAGACAACGGGACAGAAGAACCCGUGUGGGUAAAAAGAGACUCUUCGAAACACGACCAACUGGAAAAUUCACAUGUAUGCAAUAAGAUUCAUCAUCAAGACACUCAACAGAAGAGUAACAACAGACAAGACAGGUCUGGAAAUGCCACAGUUCAGGGGAGGAGGGUUGACCGAGAGCAAGGGCAAAACCAAACGACAGAAAGAGACAGAAGACGGUCUGAAAGUACUGCGAAGGACACCGGCAGCGGGGGUCCUGAGGACACCCAAGCGGCGGCACCAGACGGAGGAUGGGGCUGGAUGAUCGUCCUGUCCGGCUUUAUCGUUGAGAUUUGCCUGGGAGGAUUUGCCAGGGCGGUCGGUGUGUUCUUUGUAGAAUUUGUGGACGCGUUCGGUGUGGGGUCGGCCGAUAUAUCCUGGUCCAUCAGUAUCAUGUGUGGGAUCACCUUUUGUGGAGGACUCGGAUUCGCCCUGGUGUACAACCCAACCUUCAUUAUUAUCGGGCAGUACUUCCAUCAAAAGCGCCACCUGGCGUACGCCAUGAUGGUGACAGGAACGGGAGUUGGCGGCUUCAUCUUCUCUCCGGUGUUCCAGCUGCUGAUCGACCAGUACGGCUGGCGGGGGGCGAUCAUCGUGCAGGCGGGGGUGACGCUGAACCUGUGCGUGGCCGCGGCGCUGAUGAGGCCGCUGCAGGCGUCACCUGUAGUUCACCGCCCCUCGCAGGCGUACAUCUCUCAGGGUUCUCUCUCAACCGUGUCACAACACGCCGACAGCGACCACCCCAACAACACAACCCCUACAAUUUACGUCGCUGCUCCAUUGGAAAGAGACGAGGCGGAGGACAAAGUUAGCCAGAAAACGUCAGUGGAAAUUGAGGAGGAAACACCACAGGACCAGCAAGACUCCGUGGCGCCUGGCUCGCCUGUACCGCACGGCAGACGCGCACGCCAGCGGGGCGUGAGCGAAUGUUCCAUCGGUGCUGUCAGCCUGCGACUGCUGGAGUCCGCCUCCAGCCAGGAGUCUCUUCCCUGCAUACCUGAGAUGACCGACGAAGACGCGUCGCAAAAGCGCCUGGAAAGCGUCUCCGUCCACGUGCUACGCACAGCACGGUCCCACAUGUCGCUGUCCAGGAGGGUGCUAUACUCCUCCCAGAGGAUGCUGGACGUGCUAUCCAGGAGCGAAACGCUGCUGUCCCUCAGCUCACAGCUCACCUACGAGACCACCAUCCACAGCACGCUGGCGGGGAAACCAGGACUGUCCAUCCGCUCCGUCGUGGCUACGAUAUUCGACCCGUCCCUGAUAAAAAGCGUCUCGUUUGUCCUCCUCAACAUCUCGUUCUUUCUCUUCCACCUUGGCUACCUCGUGCCCGGGAUCGGCGUCGUUCCCAGGGCACAGCGUGCAGGUAUAGAAGAGACCCGCGUGUCAUUUCUUCCAUCUAUCAUCUCCAUCUCGGACCUAGUCGGGCGGCUGUUUUCAGGCGGCUUGUCCAAAGUCCCUGGCUGCACUCGGACUUUCCAGUUCAUCACGCUGAACGUGGUGAUAGCGGUGGGAGCGGUGGUGUUCCCGGUGACGCAGACGUACUCCGGGAUGGCGGCCUACGCGGUGUGGCACGGGCUCGCUAACGGGCUGUGCUACCCGCUCAUCCCGACCCUGGUGGUGGACGUGGCGGGGGUGGAGAGGAUCGCCAGCGCCAUGGGACUGGUCAUGUUCAUCACCAGUAUCGGACUGACGCUGGGACUGCCUACUGCAGGGAUCCUGUAUGACACAACUGGCAGUUACGACGCGUCCUUCUACUUUGUGGGCGCAUGCUUCCUAAUGAGCGCUGCGGUUAUGGCUUUCUCUCACAUUCUGUCCAUCAGAAGACAGGACGGUGUGCCUGAAGGAUCCUGAUCUGGGCACCAACGAGUUCUUUGGCAAAGCCUAAGCAUGUUUAUUUUCUUGAAGUACCUUCAAUGGUGAUACAUUUCUGGGACAGCAUACAUGUACAUAUACAUCAGACAUCACAGAGUAUAAAAUAUAUUGUAAUGACAUGGACUACAGUUCUGGU